UGUACUACUACUUGUACCUACAAAAGAGGACAAAAUUUGGGAAAGAAACAAAUCCGCCAACCGUAGACUGGUGGUGUGACCUAUCUCACUCCCUCUCCCACUCCAACCACCCUGCAUUUCACCAUGAAUCCCUCCAACGCCACCGCCACCGCCACUGCCACCGCAACUCCCACCACCACCCCGAUCCCACCCGCCGUAAUCUCGGUGGUGGACCACGAACUCCCCGACGACACACACAACCUCUACGACAUCACCUUCGACUCACACACCAUCCGAACCCUCGUCACUUCCUUCCCAUCCUUCGUCGACUCCUGGCUCACCGAAACCCUCAACCCCAAUCCCUCCGCCUCCUUCCUCGUCGGCCUCGACAUCGAGUGGCGCCCCAAUCUCCAGCGCAACGCCGACCACCGCGUCGCCACACUCCAGCUCUGCAUCGGCCUCCGCUGCCUCGUCUUCCAAAUCUUCCACGCCCCCUCCAUCCCUGCCUCACUCUUCAACUUCCUCGCCAACCCCAACCACACCUUCGUCGGCGUCGGCAUUGCGGAAGACGCGGAGAAGCUCCUCCUCGACUACGAUCUGGGCGUGGCCAACACCGUCGACCUCCGCACCGUCGCCGCCGAUGUCAUGAGCGACCCUGCUUUGAAGAACGCCGGGAUCCGGACGCUGGCACAGCGCGUGAUGGGGAGGGACGUUGCGAAGCCGCGGAGGAUUACCAUGAGCAAGUGGGAUAACCUGUGGCUUGUUGCUGAUCAGGUUCAGUAUGCUGCUGUUGAUGCCUUCGUCUCUUCUCAAAUUGGACUCACCCUCUUUCAAAAAUAGCUUCGAAUUUGAUUUCUCUCGUAUAUGAAUAUGAUUUAGUUUCGAUUUUGUGUCCUCUUUGUGAUACAUUGAUGCUGGUUGUCAUACCAAUGAUUCUGAAUUUGGGGACCUGAUUUAUUUUUUGGUGUGUUUAAUUGCUCGCAUAAUUCCGACUGACCCGGUGCGGUGAAGGCCAAAGGUCUCAGUGCGGCUCCUAGAAAUUGAACUCUACUAUGGUAUGAUUCAAAGAGGGCACUCGCCUCUAAUAUGUUGUUUAUGUGUGGGUAUGAUGAAAUGAUGAUGGAGUGAUUUUAGGUUAACUUAAUAAGAUUGGUAGUUUGUUUAA